CUUCCUCAGCGGUUCUUUGCGGCUAUAUUCGAAAAUUCGACGCUGGCGAUGGCCAUAAUAUUGAUAUGUAAGAUUUCUACCUAAUGUCCUAAUGUACUAAUACCCAURCAGUUUGCAUCUCUGAACACCCUAUAGUCAUUGGAAUUAAUGGAAUUGUAAUCGAGUAGUUACAAAAAAAAAAAAUGUCAGAAUUUGAGUACACCUGCUCAAGUAAUGAAGACAGCAGUGAAGAAGAAGAGUUGGUUUUCCCAAUAAUUACAUCUAAACAUAAGAUAUAUGCUAACAAUGCUAUUAAAGUUUCGAGAGAACUGCGCACCUACUAUUCAAAUCUAUUCAUUGAUUCUUUUAACUUAAUUGACUUGUUUAUUAAAAGUAAAACAUUAACAUACUGUUCGUUUUUAGAAUGUUUUAAUUCUACAAAGUUCCAUGAAAUUUAUGCUAAGUACAAUAGGGAAAAGAAAUUCACAUAUGUAGCCCCACAUCAUUACAUCACAACCACACAAGACUCUCUUGCAGUGGCAACUAAGUUUUUGAGAUCUAAAUCCAGAGAAGCACGAAUAGGUGCCGUUUAUUUAUUGUACACCAUCUACAGGACUCAACCGUUUAUACACUAUAUGAUCGAUAUAAAAAUGGUGCGCAAAGACUACUUAAAUACUAAAGAAUUGGUCGACAGUUGUCUUAAUGAAGGUUUACGAGACCCAGCCUACUGUUUUUACCAACUAGAUAUCAAAAGAAAAAUAACAAUUACAGCUACAGCCAUCAACCCUUGCUUAGAAGCUAAUUAUCCAAGAGCUGAGGUCCGCAAAUUUAUGGGCCGCGUCGCUGAUAAGUGUUUCAAAGUUCAAUACGAAGAGCGUAAGAACUUUGAUCCUUCUAAUAGAUUACAAUUGAUGGAGUAUCAGAUGCGUCACGAAUUAGCAUACAUAAACAAGUUGAGUAGUUUAUCUUUAGGUCGUGAAGUUACUUCAGAAUAUAAGCCAGAACUUUCUAAAGUGAUAGAAGAGAUAAACGCUGCUAAAACUGUUAAUACAGUGGAUCAAAAAAACAAUGACAUUGAAUGUCAGAAAAAACCCCGGUAUAAAAAUACUAAUGUUAGAGCGUUCCCAGGAAGAAAUGAAGAGGUUCUAGAGGAUAUGGUUGAAUUGUCAGAACCACCAAUCCUUGACAAACAAGUUAAUAAUUGUCAUCCAAAAAAAAAAUUAAAGUUAUCCAGAAGGAAAAUAAAAAAGCAUAUCACAAAAGAAGAACCUCAGGAUACUAUAUCAUCAUUGCCGAGAUUGAGCACUAUCCUAGAAUCGGAUUCAUCCUGUCACAGUGUAAAUAGUGACGAUGAUGAUUAUUAUGGAAACACUUAUGGAGAAAUGAUUUGGCGUAUUCUGGAAGGACAAGAAAUCAAUGAAGUUAUUGAUCAUUCAACUACCAACAAAGAGGAAGACGAAAACACAAAAUGUGAAUAAUUAUUUAUUUUAAAUUAUGACUUAAGUGUAUAUUGAAACCAUUUAGGUAUUUAAUUAAGUAUUAUUUUGACUAAAUGAUGUGUGUACGUAGGUAAACAUAGUUAUAGAUAAAUGAAAAUAAAACUGUGAUGUAUGUUA